CCUGCACAGGGCAGUCGAUUGUCGGAGACAGAGUAACUAGCUGUUGUGGAUCCCGUUUCGUUAGAAGUUGUAGAAAACCAGUGGAAAAGUUCAGUCCAUCAAGUGGUUAUCUUUGAAAAAUGACAGUUCUAGUGAACUUUAACGGAUCGUUUUGUGAUUUCUUUGGUCUGCUUCUAAUUUUAGUCGUAACAACAUGGGCCCAUUCUCUAGAAACGGAAGGUGUCGUCGCAACGCACGUUAAUGAUGGAUCUAGGUUCGUUGAUCGCCAACAGAUUCUAAAAGUCGUCAAACCAGAUCAUCAGCCUCAUUCCUGCAUGACGUUCGAUGGGCAACCUGGUACCUGCCUGUCUGCCAGAGAAUGUUACCCUUACACCAAAGUGCAUCAAUCUCUCAGUUCCAAUGAAACGUGGGUUAUCGGCUCGUUAGGAACAUGCCAUUUAUCUACCGAAGCCAACGGCCGACAGGUCUACGGAGUUUGCUGUAAUAAUUUACAUAGCAGGACGCCACAACCUCAAAGCGACAACUUACCUCCUGGCGAACAAGAGAUGGGACGUUUCAAGGAUGGCGCUGGCUCGCGAAUCGUUAACGGGAAAAUCUCUACUUUAGGAGAAUAUCCAUUUAUGGUGGGUAUCAUGCGAGGAAGGAAUGUUUUUUGUGGAGGAUCACUGUUGGAUGCCAAUCAUGUCCUUACUGCGGCCCAUUGUGUUAGCGGGUUGUCUUCUCAGGAUCUCUUGCAAUUGACUAUUGUUAUGGGUGCUGUGGAUAUAAACGACUCCAAGAAAGUGAUAAGACAUGUCAAAAGUGUCAUUCGUCAUAGACAAUUUGACAAUCGUAAAUUGCGCAACGAUAUUGCUCUACUUACUUUAGACUCACCGGUCGAGUUCACAAAUGUCGUGUCUCCUGUUUGUCUCCACGACGAUGUUACAAAGGAUUACGUAGGGAAAGACGUGGUCACCGCUGGAUGGGGCCGCACAUAUUACAAGGGACCCAAAUCUCCAGUGCUUCAAAAGGUGACGUUGAAACUGAAAUCACUGGACGACUGCCGCAGAAAUUUGGGUGUUCAAUCUCCAGGAGGUGUCCCCGAUCAUUACAUUUGCGCAUGGGCCCCCAAUCGUGAUUCGUGUGCCGGUGACAGUGGAGGACCUUUGAUGUUGGCAGAUGACGGAUGUCAAAUUGGAAUUGUCAGCUGGGGUAUCGGUUGUGCUACAAACACGUACGGCGUUUAUACUCGAAUUUCAUCUUUCCGCGAUUGGAUCGAAAAAAAUAAAGUUUAAUCUUCGCUUGCUGAAAAGUGGUAAUUAAAUAGAAAUCUCAAUUGUUUAUUCCAACUUUAUGAAGUUGCAGAAAAAGAAAUAAUAAACUUUUUAGGUUUCAAUGAAA